AUGGCCGUAGUGCCCACUUCAAGCGGACUUCCGCCGAUAAGGGCAUGCCUCUUCGACCUUGACGGCCUGCUGAUUAACUCGGAGCAUCUCCUUACUGAGGCGCGGAAUGCGGUGUUGGCAGAAGAUUACUCCCGUCCGCCGAUGGACUGGGCGGUCAAGGCGCGGUUGCAAGGUCGGUCCGCGACAGAUUCGACGAGGAUACUGUACGAAUGGGCAGAUUUACCAUGCACCAUCACAAUUGAGGAGUUUCAGGGGAAACUGAAUGCACGGUUACGUGAGGUGUUCAAGCGGACGGCGCUGAUGCCUGGUGCCGGGGAGUUGCUGAGGAGGUUGAGCAGGGCGACGACAGGAGGAGGAGAAGGACGGGGUAAGGUUAUUGAGAUGGCGCUUGCGACGAGUUCGCAGACGGCCAUGUACAAGCUUAAAACAGCCCAUUUGGAACGAGAAGGUGGUGUGUUGAGAUUGAUCCCCGAGAAGCAUAAGGUUCUAGGCGACGAUGCGGGAUUGAAAGACGGACGGGGAAAGCCCGCGCCGGAUAUCUUUCUGCUCGCGUUGAAGGCCGUGAAUCAGGGUCUCAGGGAGAAUGGGGAAAAGGAGAUCAUGCCUGAGGAGUGUCUUGUGUUUGAGGAUGCAGUGGCCGGCGUCGAAGCAGCGAGGCGGGCGGGGAUGAGAGUGGUUUGGGUCCCGGAUCCCGGACUGAGAGAGCUGUACCGUGGGCAAGAGGGUGAAGUUCUUGCAGGUCGGACUGGAGAAAAGAAAGAGAACAGGGUGACAGGAUCUCAUGAUGGACAGGUUGGGGAGAUUGGUGAUGAAUGGGGAGAGCUGCUAUCGAGUCUGGAGGAUUUUGAGUAUGAGAAGUAUGGCAUUGUGGUUGAAGACGAGUUAGAUUCUACCGUGAAUUUAUGA